AUGGGCUUCGGUGCUGAAGCUGUGGAGUUGGAAGAGUUCUCUAAAUGGAUUGCGAGUAUAGGCGAUGGAACAAUUGGAAGUGCGAAUGAUGGUAAUGUCAAUAUUGAUAUUCGAACAGAUUUUUUGAUAAAAUGGUCUGGAAAUCCAAUUGAGCACAUAGUUAACACCAUUUAUCCAUCAGAUUGUUCCAAUAAUGUAGAUACAAGUUAUCUACAAGAGAGAGCAAUACUUGCUCCUACUCUUAAUGCUGUUGAAUCUGUAAAUCAAUACAUGAUUUCUUUGAACAAAAGUGAAGGACGUUUAUAUAGAAGCUCAGACUCAACUUCAAGAUCAGAUUCAAUCACUGAUUUGGUACAACAGGUGCAUACCCCAGAAUUCUUGAAUAGCAUCAAAUGUUCAGGACUACCAAAUCACGAAAUAUAUUUGAAGGUUGGAACUCCGGUUAUGUUGUUGAGGAACAUUGAUCAUGCAAAUGGAUUGUGCAAUGGAACUCGAUUGAAAAUAACAAGACUUGGACAACAUGUUUUGGAAGCACAAAUUCUUACGAGAGAUAAUGCAAAUACAAAAAUUUUGAUUCCAAGAAUGUCAUUGACUCCUGCUGAUCCAAGAUUGCCAUUUAAGUUUGAACGACGACAAUUCCCCUUGAUUGUAUCUUAUGCAAUGACGAUCAACAAAAGUCAAGGGCAAUCGUUUUCUCAUGUUGGUUUAUUCUUGCCAAGACCAGUUUUUACACAUGGCCAAUUGUACGUUGCAGUGUCAAGAGUACGAAGUCGAGCAGGACUUAAAAUAUUGCUUUCUGAAGAUGGUAGAAAUGAUGAUGCUACUACUACAAAUGUUGUGUAUAGGGAAGUUUUUCAAAAUGUAUGA